AUGAGGAGGGGAAAGGCAAAGAAGGAGAAGGAGAAGGCACCCCUCGGUGUCACCCUGGACAAGGUCGCCACACUCUCACCCCACCGCUGCAGGUGGCCUGGCUGGUGCUGGGACGACGCCGACCUGGAAGACGGCGACGUCGGCCUGGUCCGCAUCGACCCCUGGACAGGGCGCAGCCUCGCCGCCAUCGAGACCACCUUCUCCCAGCGCGACUACGUCACCACCGCGUGGCUGAGCGAGAUCGCCUCCCUCCUCCGCGGCCACCGCCUCCGCGCGCCCCUCGUCGUCGGCCUCGUCGCGCUCCGCGGCCGCCCUCCCAGCGAGUCGUACUGGAACAGCAAAGGCCACCCGCAGCACCGCGGCAACCCCAUCCGCUGCAUCGCGCUCUGCGUCGGCGGAUCCCACGCGCUCGUCUACCAGCCCGACUGCCGCUACCUCAACCACACCGGCGGCCUGCUCCCCUUCAGGGACGACAACAGGAUGAAGAGCCUCCGCGAGUUCCUGGGCGACAAGCGCGUCGUCGUGGCCUGCGUCGGCGCGGCGAAGGUGGCGAAGAAGCUGGCGGAGGAGUGGGGGCUGCACGUGGCGCGGCCAAGGGAGCUGACGGAUCUGUUCGCGCACGCCUACGGGAAGGAGGCCGGCGUGGAGCCCGAGGUGCUGCCGGGGAAGCCGGAGUGGAGCUACUCCUGGAUGAGCGUCGAGGGGGCCAAGAGGGCGCGGGCGCAUGCCGAGGUGGAGCAGCAGCUGUAUCAGGAGAAGAGCAAGCCGGGGAGGUGGAUCCCCAAGGUGAUCGAGGUGCUGAGCAUGGAGUACAUGGCGCGGGAGGCGCUGGGCAAGGACAUGCGGCUCACGCCGUGGCCCGCGAAGCUGGCCGACUUGGACUGGGGCCGCCUCGACCUGGAGAACGAGCACUGUAUGUACGCCACGCGCGACGCCUACCUCUGCUUCGACAUCGCCGCCCACUGCCUCCCGAAGAUCGGCGAGCCCGUUGCCUGA